AUGCAUCCAUCUGAUGAAUGGUAUGUGGGAGGUGAUGAAAUCUCCCUUUGCCAUAAACAACCAACUAAUAUGAGACAAAGAUUCCAAAUCAUUAAAAAUUUCAAAGAUUAUUGUAAUGAUUUAACAGUACCCAUACUAGUUGAUUUAAUGGAUAACAAUUUCCAAGCAGGCUAUGAUGCAGUUCCAGAAAGAAUCUUUGUCAUUGAAAACAACAAAACAUUCUCUUAUGUUGGAGGACCAGGACCAUUUGAAUUCUUCCCAGAACAAGUAAAAGAAUAUCUUGAUAAUAGAUACAAUCAACAACAACAACAACAACAUACAGAAGACGUAACACAACAAGUCAAACAAUAA